AUGCUCCAGUGCCUGCCUUCGGAAGGAGAGGAAGAGACAGACUCAGAAGAGAGGAGGGACAGUUCCAUAGAAGAUUCGAAAGAAAUCGUCACCCUGGCUUUUGUGAGAGAGAACACUGGGGAGCAAAAGGGACUUCAGAAUGCCUCACAGCAAGGCAAGAAGAAGAGGAAGAAAAAGAGAUUGGUGAUCAAUCUGUCCAGCUGCCGAUAUGAGAGUGUGCGUAGGGCCGCCCAACAGUAUGGCCUUCGAGAGGGAGGGGAAGGCGACGACUGGACCCUCUACUGGACUGACUACUCAGUGUCACUGGAGCGGGUGAUGGAAAUGAAAAGUUACCAGAAAAUCAAUCACUUCCCAGGGAUGGCCGAAAUCUGCCGCAAGGACUUGCUGGCCAGGAAUAUGAGCCGCAUGUUCAAGAUGUUCCCUAAAGAUUUCCACUUUUUCCCAAGGACCUGGUGUCUGCCUGCUGACUGGGGAGAUUUGCAGAACUACGGCAGGUCAAGAAAAAAUAAGACAUACAUCUGUAAGCCGGAUUCGGGCUGCCAAGGGAGAGGUAUAUUCAUCACCAAGACAGUGAAAGAAAUCAAACCAGGGGAGGAUAUGAUCUGUCAACUCUAUAUUUCAAAGGUACUUCCUCAUCGUGAUGAUUUAUUUAUCAUCCACAGCAGCCUCAGGCUGUAGCUCCCCCGGACCGAUUGUGAAAUGAGGGGAGGCAGGCUGGGUGCCGGGAAAGCCUGGUCCUGUCUUCUGCCUUGGACUUUGCUGGGCCAAGCCUUUUGAGCAGAGAUGGGACACAUGUAUGGGCCCUUGGCCUUGCCCCCUUGUCAGCUGGGCUGGCCCUGCCAGGCUGGCCCCUGGUCUCUGACAGAUGGCAGUUGGGAGAGCACCUUUGGCCUGUGGAGGCCCCACCUCAUUUGGGAGAGGGGAGUAGCCCUGGAGAGUUGAUGGCAGCCGGCUUUACUUUACUCCAGGGCUGGAGGGAACCCUCUAGAAGGUUCCCUCCAUGGAAGGGAGGCCUG